AGGAGCUGGCUAAGCAUGGCGUGAUGUUACCACCUGACAUAAUGGGCCUCACGGACGAUCAGGUCGAGGAGCUCAAGCUCAAGGACGAAUGGGCAGACAAGUGCGUGCCCAUGGGCGGUUGGACUUUCAACAAAGACAAGAUCGGUCGCAGAAAUGGCAGACAACCCAACGAAAAGAUGCAGGAGGUGCUGAAAAAAACUAUUGAAGAUGCACGUACCAUGACAUCAAAAAAAUUAGUGCAACAAGAGAAACUGAUUACUCAAAAAACAGUUCAAGAAGCUCUGGAUUUGUUAAGAGGCGCCGUCAUGAUUGUUUAUCCGAUGGGACUUCCACUACACGAUGUGAUACGUAAAGAAUUUGAGAAUACCGAAGAUCUCACCGGUACUCAAGCUUCUCUCGAGGUAAUCGAUAUGCAACUGGCUCAACUAUGGUUCUCCGGAAAGGAGUUAUUACCUGGGAAGAAGAUGAAGGACUUUGUGGGUAAUAACGAGAAAACUAAAGUGAUUGUGAAACUACAAAAAAGAGGAUCUGGAAAACCAGCGAGGGAGCCAUUAAUGUCAGAAGAUGAACGGAAACAAUUAAUGUUGCACGCAUACCGUCGUCAAGAACAGCUGAAGGACCGCCAACGAGAGGGACGAAUCAGACUGGAACUAUCCCCGGCUGCAUCAUUAAGGUCAAUCUGCCUCACUAUGCCAGUGUGGCACCUAGUACCAUGCCGAUAAAGAGGAUAGUACAAUGGCGGCUCUACUAUUUCUACACGAUA